GAAAAGCCUCGCCGGAUGUGGAGGCUUUCUAGCUUGAGCUGACUCAGCUGGCUGGUCGGGUUUCAAGAGUUGGAGGAAGCCGUGCCAAUCGAAGACCAUCUCGACGUGGAGCUAGAUCUGUAGGACGUUUAGUCAACACCCCGCCGUCCUCCUGGCUAACUAUUGGUUUUCAUGUAAGUCCACCCUUCAUCUAAGAAGAGGAGCUGUGCUUUCAAACUGACGCCAUGGACCCCGCUAGUCAUGAUAUCAACCUGAACUCUCCUAACAAGGGGCUUGGUAUGAACCACGCUGAAGGCCCGUCCGAUGUGCCUGCAGAGGGAGCAGUGGGGAACUCCCCUCAUCCCCCACCGCUCGGCUUGACAGAGGCAGAAGCUGAGGAGCUCCACAUUGAACUCACUAAGGUAGAGGAGGAGAUCAAUACCCUGCGUCAGGUGCUGUCAGCCAAAGAGAGACACGCCGCCGAGCUGAAGAGAAAACUGGGUCUCCGUCCGCUCGACGAGUUUAAGCAGAACCUCACCAAGAGCUGGCAAGAUGUACAGACAUCCAAUGCAUAUCGGUCUGCCUCAGCCACACUGGAUGACAUUGCCCAUUCUGAAGCUUACAAGAAGACUCAAGAAACACUGUCCCAGGCUGGACAGAAGACGAGUGCAGCUCUCAACACAGUGAGCUCGGCCAUUACCAAAAGACUGGGUGACAUGAGAGCUCUGCCUUUCUCUAACUCUUUCAGUAGCAACUAUUCCAUCCGUCACUCGAUAAGUAUGCCUACAAUGAGAAACUCUGCAACCUUCAAGUCCUUUGAGGAUAAAGUGGGGAACCUGAAGUAUAAGGUUGUUGGCCCCAGAGGGAAUGGAGAGGCAGUCAGCUCGCCCCCUGACUCCACCCCCACUCAGGAGAACCCCCCUUUCUGAACAUGCCCCACUUUUCCUUCGUUGCCAUCAACUGACUACUUCUCAUGAUGGAGCUUUCGUACCCCCACCCCCCUUCCUCUUUAGUCCAGACCUGCCCACCCAUCAGGAGAAGGUUGAAGACUUCACUGGGCUCCCGUUCUUCUCCCUCGCUGCUGUAAGAGAGUGACUCUCAACUCCACCUCCAUCUUCAUUUCCUGUCAGAUGUUUUUUCCAAACAUGAGUCAACAGUGGUCCCUGCUUCUGGUGGAGGAGGUGGUUUCUCAUGUCAGGGUAGGCCAGUUCCCAUGGUAACUCUACUGGGUCUGGGUAGGGGCGGGCUGCUGUCAGAGCUUCAAGAGCUGGAUGAUGAUUUCAUGUGUACCUUCAAAACCUGCAGAGAUCUCCAGUGUUGAUUGUCACCAAAACACUACUGUUGAUGAUUUUAAACCACUUUGCAAAAUGUCUUCAUAUAUUUUACCCAUAUGUGCGUCUGACCUGUCAUCAUUACUGCUGUGUCUUGAAGAUUGGACUGUGGUGAGGCUGAAGCAGUUUCAGAAGUGGGUUUUGGUCUGGAAGGAAGAGGUUUUUCAUCUGAACUAAACCUCACAAUCCAGUACUGGUUCUGUUGGACAAACCUGACCCGAGACGUGCUACUGUGGGAAUGUCGACUCUUCCUCCGGCCUUACUCACUUCAGACGUCUCACCUGUUGUGAUUCACACCAAACCUUUCAGACUAAAUCACUAGUGCCACCUCACACUCAAACACAGCUUCACUAUUACACCAUUGCUGCUGACACUUAUCUAUACGUAUGAUAGGACUUUGGUUGUCUGUUAUUUUCAAAUAUGAAAAGUUUUAUUAGUAAUUUUUCUAAGCUGGUGGGGGGGGGGGGGGGGGGGAUUCUGUCUUGGAUGUGCAGCAACAUUAAACCACCGAUCUGACCAGGUUUUCCUGAGGCUUGCUGGACGUUUCCUGUAGCUAAACACACUUUUUUACACGUUAAUUCAACUUUGUGGUGAUUCGCUAACUCUCCUCAGAGAAACUCCCAGCAAGAGAUGUCGGAUCAAAUUCUGCAGUUUAAUCUCAACUUCAGUAUCUUCUUCUGUUUUUCUGUUUGUGGAUAAGUUGUUACAGUUGGAGUAUUUUAUUAUCUUAGUCUGUUAGCUUCUUCCUAAUCUCAGAUUGUCUUUUUGUACAAAACAAUGAGCAAAUGUAUGUUCAUAACUGGGUUCCUAAAGGACUGGGCAUUUUUACACGGUGGUCAAAUUCUCAUGUAGCUGCUGAUUUGUUAAGAACAUCUCAAAAUGAUUAAGUUUAAAAGCUGAAUGGUUUUUAAUGAACCUUUCCUGCAGAGCUGCUGUUGUUUUUGUUUUGUUUUUUGUGCCAAUGGGAGGAGCAGCAUGUGACUAACCUGGUUUGCGUUUGAGCUUAUUUACAUUAAUAGGAUCAUAGUGGAAGGAUUCACGGGGAAUUAAGGACUUUUGAUUUUUUUGUUUAUGUAUUGGUAUCAAUAAAUCAUUCCUUCAAAUGAAA